CCAUCGCAUAAAAACAAAGAUGAACUGCGCAAUCACGUGAUUAAAGGGUCUCUGUUUCUUUCCUUUUAUCUCUCUCUCUCUCUCUUUCUUUCUUUGUUUCAUCUUGGCCCAUUUCCAUUCGUCGCGAGAGAGAGGGAGAUGGAGGCACCAGCAGCACAGGCCAUAGAGAGGAAUUACCAGGCAGGAGAAGAUGAACAGGACAAAGUUAUCAAUGAAUGUCAGUAGCGUCAUUUCUAUGUCGCCGUCGACAGGCUCCAGUUCAAUAUGGAGAAAUUGGUGGACUUAUUGGGCGUGGCAGGGCGCCGCUCGGGGCUGCCGAUACUGGUGUGCUGCAGCUCGAGGGACAAGCUCGACGCCGUCUGCUCCGUCGUUUCUAAUUUCCCUUGCAUUUCUCUCGCUUCUUUGGUACUCAAUAUUUUUUAGGGUUCCUUCUGGUUCAAUUGAUUUUAAAGUUCAACAUAGAGAUCAUGUAUCAAUUGUUGGUCAUUAUAGUCGUGUCGAUGACUGGUUAUUUGAAAUGAGUGCAUACAACAUUAUUUCUUUACCUUCAUCAUUUUCUACCUUAUAAAGCCUAUGUGCACGGCCAAAUACUCUUGCUCGUGCCAAAUAUUGAUACUCAUGCUAGUAUAGUGACCUAGUUGAGUCGGAACGAAUCUGAGUCUUGAGAAAUUUGAGAAGGGAAGCAGAAUGUUACUGCUUGGUCCGGAGGCUGAAAUUGUAAAACAGAAGGAUAAUUCUCGUAUGAUAGAUGUUAUAGAUGCCUGCCUCCCACUUCUUUCUUCUGGGAAAUCAUCAAUUUCUGCUUGUAUUCUGAUUAAUUAUUAGUGACCACUUACCAAUGAAGUCGGUGACACUGCUUUUUUCUUUCCCCAUUCUCACUAUAUGACUUAAACUGUGUUGCCAUUAAUUGUAUAAUCGACAUUUACUUCUCUGCAUUUUCAUUGCUGUGGUUAACUGGUAUAUUUUCUAAGCCCAACAUCCUCCCCCCUUCUCCCUUCCCAGAAGCCUUAAACACUGCUAAAAGUUUCUGCAAAUUUAAUGUUGCUUUGUACAAAAUACUUUCGAAAUUUGAGCCCUAAGACCUAAAACCCGCCCCUAGCAUGCUUUCACUUCUUUUCUUGUGAUCUUCUUAAGCAGUGCCUUCUACUCUAAUUGAUCUUCUUGGUUUCAGCAUGCCAUCAUAAAUACAUAUUUCAUUUUUUUGUGGCGUCCUCAAAGGCCUUUUCGCGUACAUGUUAGCACUAGUUUAAUCAUCUCUACAAUGAACAUCUAUUUGAUUGAAUGAGAACCCACAUGAUAAGACACCUUAUUUCUCUGAUCCAGCGUACUAUCUUUAAGAAUUUUAGGUACUUGGACAAAUCUACUAAAUUUGGCCCAAUCUUGUGGUUUUAGAUCUCUUUCUCUCUCUCUCAAUUUUGGGUGAGGGGUUGGAUGAGUGUCUAGUUGGUUAAGCCCAACUCUGGGUCCAAUGGAUCCCAUGAAAUAAUUGGCCAGGGGCAUAACAUGGAUAAUGGGGAGACACUCUAAAUACUUCGCUGCCUGAUCGAGAUAUUGAUUUGCUUGGCAACUAAAGGCGAUUUCAGUUCCAUGCUUGCCUAUGCCAUUGGCCAUGAUGAUCUUUAGCUAUGUGCCUCAUUCAGUAUAGUUCAAACUUUUAUA